CACACAUGUACACAAAUCGACUCUGUCACACCAUACACAUUUGUUCAAACUGUAUAUGCAUACAUGCACAUAGAGAGAAUUGAACUCUAUUUGUGAGUAAACAAUUGCUCCUCAUUCAUGUGACUGUCUCCGCGAGCGUCAAUUCCAAAUCGUUUUGCCCAAAGCACACUCUGUGGUUAAAAUCAAUGGAGUUGCUUUGAACGCCAGCGUGAAUUACUACGAGCUGACAGCACCGCAACCACUGCGACCUAUUGCGCCCGUUGAUAUUGUCCUGCAGGAGCAGGCGCAGCAUGCUUUAGUGGGCAUGGUUCGAUUCGACAAAGGCAAACUCAUCGCCAAGGCGGCCAACCUGACCUCCAUUCACUGGGCCCAUGCCGUCAACAGUCAACAACAGCUGGCUGAGGCGCUUCGUGGAGACAUUGAUAUGAUUGAGGCGGACAUUGUGCUUGGUCAGCUGAAUGGUGAGGGCCCUGUCUUACCGGUUAUGGCACAUCCACCGGCCAACACUUCGGACUUGACACUGAAGGACUUUCUGAAUCAAAUCAAGGCACACAACGAGUUCCAUGAGGGCGCCGAGAAGGGCGUUAAAUUGGACUUCAAGUCUAUUGAAGUAUUCGAGGGGUCGCUCGGUAUACUGGAUGAGAGCAUACCUAAGAUGAACUAUCCCAUCUGGAUAAACGCUGACAUUAUCAGUGGCCCUGUGAAGGCAAACAGCACCGUGCCUGUGGCUCCAGCACCGUUUUUCGCCGGCUGCAUGCGCUACAAGCAGGCCGUUCUAUCGAUUGGCUGGACUACCAAUUGGGGCGCCGAUUACCGGGAGGGCGAGUACACUCAGGCGCAGUGCGAUGCAAUGCUGAAGGCCAUCAACGACAACAAUGUGACCUCUACCGGGCAGGUGAUCACCUUUCCAGUAAGAGCCGGUAUCGCAGCCAAUAGCGGAACACAACUACACAAUCUAGUCUCAGCUGUAAAUGCAACCAAUGAAUGCACCUUGACCAUUUGGUCCUCUAACGGCGAUUACGUCAAUGUGCCAGAGCUGCGGAAGCUAAUCUUCAGUUUCGGGUUGGAUCGUGUCUACUUGGAUGUGCCAGAGGAGCUGUCCUCGCAGCUGGAUUUACACAAGACAGGUAACGGUGCUGGCACCUUCAAUUCCCUGGUUAGCUUCAGCUUCAUCAGCCUUUGCUUCUGGGCCUUCUCCAGCUGGUUGAAGAGCGUAUAAACAAAUUUAUGGGAUUUUUUAAUGGUUUUUGUUUUCUUUUGUUCAAUUCAAUUUUAUUUUCUCGAAGGUUUUSGUUUAUUAUGUUAUCAAUGUAUUAUUCACUGGAGAAUGAUCUAAGAAUAUGCCCUUAGGCUCUUUGUAUAUCACUUCAUUCGCGUUGAAUAAAAAUCUUAUAAAUCUUAUCUUUCCAAAGACAUAUAUAAUAUAAUAUAU